CUGCGGAGCGAGGAGACACGACCCUCCUCUGAGUUGUUUGAGUGAUAAUUUGUGCGCAAGUCAAAUCUUCAGUUUAUAAUAUUAAAAAAUGGUGAGGUUGAACAUGUGGGGGUUCUUAAAAUCAUUAAAUGGUUGGUGGGGAGAAGAGGUCGCCGUUUUUUAACGGUCGGUGUAAAGUCCAUCGAAGUAGCUAGUUAACGUGAUCUUUAGACAUGCAGCUACAUAGCUAGCGGUUAGCUAAUUGUAACGUCAGGUCAGAAGCGUUUAGACACUGCUGUUGUUCGUCCCUUAAAUCUAGCAAGUGUGCCAAUAUCUAAUCUAGGUUCAACGUGACAGCCACCUGCUCAUGCAUGUUUAAAAGCUGCAGAAAGAAAUACUUGGGCUGAUCUGGGCACGCUCAUUCAGGGCCAAGGAUUGCUCCGCUGCUUGGUAUACCAACGAUUGCUGCAGAGAAAGCUUGCCUGAUCCAUCCUGUACCAGCUCCCAAAACAAAUAAUUGCGAGGCAGUCACUUGGCCGUGAAAAUGUAAUGUUUUGAUGGGUUUCUUUCCCCCGGAACAAAUCUGGCACGGUGCAUCACUCGGCAUUUCCCUUAUUUAACUCAACUGAAACCUGCUGUUGUCAUAUCAUGACAUCUCUGUUGCCUCUAUCAUCAGCACGCAUCUCACGAUGUAGCUGAGCCUCAAAAGAGUGAGUGGCUUGAGGCUAGAGUCGGCAAGACAAGCCAAUCACCAGACAGACACUGUCCUGGCCCUUCCCCUUUCAGAUGCCUCCAAUCAGUCAGCCCCGAGUAGGAGGAUCAGUGGUUACAGGGGAAAAUCGAUCUGCUCGCAAACUGUGCUGAAAUUGUUAAGUUUUUAAAUGCUUAGCUCUUUGUUAGCCGGUUUUAGGUUGCUCAACAGGUCUGUCAGUAUCUAGCUGGUACACAGAGAGAGGGACACCAUGUCUGCUGCAAGCCCUAAUUCACUCUUUGGGAUGGGAAACCCCUUACUGGACAUCUGUGCUGUAGUGGACAAAGACUUCUUGGACAAGUACACUCUGAAACCCAAUGACCAGAUCCUGGCAGAGGACAAACACAAAGCACUAUUUGAUGAGCUAGUGAAGAAGUUCAAUGUUGAGUACCAUGCUGGUGGAGCCACACAGAACUCUAUAAAGAUUGCUCAGUGGAUGAUCCAAGAACCCCAUAAAGUGGGCACGUUCUUUGGCUGCAUUGGCAAAGACAAGUUUGGAGAGAUCCUGAAGCAGAAGUCUGUGGAGGCCCACAUCGAUGCCCACUACUACGAGCAAGAUGAAGAGCCCACAGGGACAUGUGCUGCUUGCAUCACUGGAGAUAACAGGUCUCUGGUAGCUAACCUAGCUGCUGCCAACUGUUAUAAGAAGGAUAAGCAUCUAGACCUGGAAGAAAACUGGAAGCUGGUAGAAAAAGCUAAAGUCUACUAUAUUGCUGGUUUCUUCCUGACUGUCUCUUUGGAGUCCAUCCUGAAAGUGGCGAAGCAUGCGUCUGAAAAUAACAAACUCUUUUGCUUGAACCUCUCUGCGCCCUUCAUCUGCCAGUUCUUCAAGGAUAACCUCAUGCAGGUUAUGCCCUACGUUGAUGUGCUGUUCGGCAAUGAGACAGAGGCAGCUGCAUUCGCUAAAGAGCAAGACUUCGAGACAAAGGACAUUAAGGAAAUUGCCAAAAAAGCCCAGGCUUUGCCCAAAGUCAACACAAAGAGACAGAGGAUUGUAGUGUUUACCCAGGGGAAGGAUGAAACCACUAUGACCCAGAGCGACAAGGUCGAGACAUUCCCUGUACUGAAGAUUGAUCCCAAGGAUAUUGUUGACACAAACGGUGCAGGUGAUGCCUUUGUAGGAGGUUUCCUAUCUGAGCUGGUCCAGGAGAAACCACUAGAUCAGUGCGUGAAAGCGGCACACUACGCUGCCAACGUCAUCAUCAGACGAGCAGGUUGCACCUUCCCAGAAAAACCAGACUUCAACUGAUGACUCCCAGCCAACUUUUCCUUCAGCCUGAAACCUCAUACUCACCCUGCCAUACACAACUCCGACCCUCGAUUUCCACUAUUUUCUACAACUACUACCCUCAAUUCUCGCCAGCCGUCCAUGUUAUUUUUCAAUUCAUCUACACAUAAUUUCUUACCAAUUGUUAGUUGGGUACCUCCUGACGUGUGCCUGUCUCUGUGUUCUCCACUUGGGGCCGCUAGAAGAUCAUGCAGCCAAGAGCCAAUGAAGAUAUAUAAAUGACCAUGAAGUAAUCGUGAUAAUACCACGGGAUGUGAUUAUUUUGCUUUCCAUAAAGGAUCUAAAUGGGAAAUCUUGUUUUUAAUGGACAGUAAUUUUUGGAUUGGUUCUAAAUGUGUUUUGGCUCUGACACUGCCAGCGUCUGGCUGCACUGACGCCCAUCAGACUCAGCUGCGAGCACUCGUGUUGACAUCUCGCAAGUUUCUUCCCCUUGAAGACCGAAAAGGUUAAUUCCACACUGGGAGGACACAUUAUACACGGAGGACUAAGAAAUAUAAUAUCACUGUCAAGGGAGGUUUUGGAUACUGCAUUGAACUGUGCAGUAGUGAUUUGUUUUAGACUUUUUUUAAGAUGAAUUAUUCCUGAUGAGUUUAGACUUGUUACAAUUUAACAGGCCAGUUAUAAAACCAAAUGUUUUUCCUUAAGCGCACACUCUUAAAUGUGUCAAAGUCUCUGCCCACUAAGUCCUAUUAUCAUUGUUAAAUGUCAGCUUCACUGUGUCAACGAUAUUCAGAAGUUACCUUCAGCAUCACCAUCGUGGAAGUUUGAGUUUUUCCUCACGCUGUUUUGUUGGGCAGGUGCUUCCAGUAAUGAGUGCCUUUUUUUUUUUUUUUCUUCGUUUCUCUGUAAAUGUCUGUUUGCAGAGGCCUACAGGUGUUAUGUGAACCCGCAUUUGUCUUUGCAGGGAAACUUGCAAGCUAGACCAGUGAUGGGCAACUGGUGGCUUGUGGGGGUGGAAAUGGACUCACAACAUCUGUAAAAUGCAUAUACGGUAGCUGGUAUUGUUUUGAAAGAUGUCAUUACAUUUGAAUGUUCUCUCAGAGGAAUACACGGGGCAUUAAAACAAACCUUUCCUCCAUUGUUUUUCACCAUUAGUAGCCUGUGUUCUUCUGGGUGUAUGUUGAUCUCUUGCAGUAUCAUAGAAUAUGUAACCUGAGUUCAGGACCGUCCGCCUCACAAAUCAGAUGUAAAUUGAAUGGAAAUAUGCUUUUUCACCUAAUUAGAUUUUUAUGUUUGUUGGGCAAUAACUGCCACAAAUGACAAAUGGAAGAUACAAACGAAAUGGGGGGGACAAGAACAUAAGCUAAAUUCAGGCUUAGGCAUCUGUAUUUACCUGAGUGUGUGUUAUGUUGCAGCUUUCUGAAUACUACGAGAUGUUUUGAAACCCUGUAUAUCCCUUGGUACUAAAAUGAUGUACAUUGUCCCUCCGAUACAUAGGUUGUUUCUUGGUGCACCCUGGUAGCUCACCUGGUAGAGCGUGUGUGCCCCCCCAUGUACAAGGCUGACUCCUUAAUGCAGCAUCCUGGGUUCAAGUCCAACUCAUGACCCUUUGCUGCAUGUCACCCCCCCCCCUUCUCUCUUUCCUACAUUUCCUGUCUCUCUUCAGCUGUUCCUAUCAAAUAAAGGCAAGGAGCCCAAAAGAUUUAUCUUAAUUAAAA